GUCGUGGGGGAAUAUGAGAUUUUUGCAGUUGAUCCCGUAUGGUCGUCGUGACAAUGACGGAACGAUAAUAGUGAACGUCGAUAUCCCCGCCCCUCCCACCCCGUCCACGGGAGGCACUGACCAUUUCAGCAGACGCUCCGCGAUGUCAUGGAUGAGCCAGAUGUACGGGCGUGGUGGGCCAUGCAAGAUAUGAACGGCCGUGAUAUGCAUGGAGUUCAUGGACUACACGGCGAGUUCUCAGCCACUCAAUCGUCCACAUGCACACACACACACACACGCUGGAUGAAUGGUUCUCUCCUCUCGCUGCCUGGUUGUCUGGUGUGUGUUCAGCCCCACUCAGAGCAAUAUGAGCGUGUCAGACCUUUUCCCGAACGAGGGACUCCAGGAGACGAACAGAGUCAAUAUCUUUGUGAUCGGUAUGUGUGGGCUCAGGGAGAGAAUAUGCCCGUUCCGUUUGCGUGUAUGUGGUGCAGGCGGGCGCGUGCACCUUGCAGCUCAUGCGGCUGCAAAAGCACAGCCGGCCCAACAAGCCAUCCCGAAGAUACCCCCGCCACCACACUGGGCACCCCAGCAAUAACACCCAAAGGCAGGCGGUUGCGGGGCAUGACUGACCUGCCUCCAUGUUUAUGUAUCUCUCUCUCUCCCCCCCCUCUGUGUGCGUCAAUCAAUCCAUCAGGUGUUUGUGUUCCGGGUGAGCCGGUCCACCGGCCGCUUCAUCGACGACCCCGCCAACAUACCGCCUAAAAAGCGAAAGAAGCUGCCGCCGGCAGGUCAGUGAGUGAGGGCAUGAGUGCCUGCGGCAUGUUGACUGACUGACCAACCCAACCCGGUUGUGUGUGGUGUGCAUUGGUCUGUGUGCCUGCGCAUCUGUCUGUCUGUCUGUCUGUCUGUCUGUCUGUCAGAUCGUUUGCAGGAGGGUCCGGCUCCGUGGCGGCUGCUGCAGGUCGACGAGGAGGCGGGGGAGAUCAACCAGAUCACUGUCGAGAUCUGCGGUGACACCGAGAGCCUCAUCGUCGUCACCAUGCGGGCACAGGUGAGGUGUCUGUCCACCCAACCACUCAAUCACUCACUCACAGAGAGAGAGAGAGAGAGAGAAUGGCCCUGUCUGUUGUGUCCGUGUUGCAUAACGCCCGUCCGUCCGUCCGUCAAUCCGUCAGGUGCGCAUCUACCCGCUGCAGUUCAUCCGUGAGAACCGCGACCCCAUCAUUUUCGACAACGUCUACACCAACGAGGACGACUCCACUUGGAGCAUCUCGGCGGCCGCCCGCCCGCGGCCCUCACAGGGGCCCAUCCUCGCCGUGGGCAGCAACGCCCACGUGGUCACUGAGUGGAAUCUGAGCGGUUCUGAGGACCAGACGCCGCACCGGCUGGUGGGGCAUGGCCACAACAUCCCGUCUAUCGCCUACUGCCCGGGGUAUCCGGAGAGCUGCGACUAUCUGGCAUCGGCCUCGAUAGAUGGGACCUUUCGGCUGUGGUACCAGAGUGGGGCCACGUGGGGUGUGCGGUGCGAGGAGGGGAUGGAUGCGUGUGUAUGUGUGUGUAGGCACGCUGCUCGUGGUGAGUGUUUGGGCAUUUAUCGCAUCGCCGAGUACGGGUGGGGAAUUCGAUGGGUCCACAAAGGCGACAUUCCUGAGGUACACUGACACCACGCACAGCCAACCAUGACAGACACCUACACACUCCUUCGUCCUCCUACCGACCUUCACUCAGGUCGACCUCUCUCGCAGCCUCCGGCUGCCCCCCCGAAUGCGGCUAGCAUGGUCCUCCCUCACACGCACAGGGCCUCUGGCAGACAUGGCCGGCCACCCACACCCGCCCCCGCCCCCGCCCCUCAGGGCGCCCGUAAUGCGCACAUCCAGGUGGCGCAGAAGGCCGCCAAUAGCGCCCCUACCGCCUCCAGCAGCACCAGCAGCGGCAGCAGCACCAUCGGCAGAUGGUGAGUCUCAGCGACAGUCCUCAUCGGCCAUCGCGCGGUCGUUUUCGGAGCUGUCGAGGGACGGCGGUGGUGGUGGUGCUGGUGGUGGGGGUGGUCCUAUCUUGAUGUCCUCCGCUGCGUGUGGGGCGGCUGCUGCAUCGGAAUGA